AUGGUGGCCGGCUCAAGGUCGUCGUUGAGGCGUCCAACGUUGCGAGGUCACAACUCACCCACGUCCAGCAGCCCAUUAAUCGAGAACACACCGCCGCUGCUCCCAAAAUCCGAACAAGGUACUGAUGCAACCCGAAGCAAGCGUCUCCGUGCCUCUACCGUCUCUGGAGAGCAGCAGAUCCUGAAAAGACGACGAUUGUCAUCCAACAGAACCGACAUACCUGAACUACGAAUCCCGUUACGAAGUCGCGGCGGCCUGCCUAAAAUCAAGUCAUCGGCGCCAUCUGGAGCUCCCACCCAAAAUGCAGCCUUUCCAAAACUGCAGGCAAAUACACCCAACAUUGGGAAACCUCUUGACUCGCCAAGCGGGAAACCCCAGUAUGAUCAGAUCAGAAUCAUUGAAGAGAGGGCAAAAGCCUCGAUACGUGGCAGUGGAGGACUGUCUGCGCCGCGGGAAGAGAGGCGGAAGCUGCGCUCUGAGGACGGAGGGUCACGAGCAAAGACAGAACUGGCCCAAUACUUUCCCGACUUCGAGGAUAUGCUUAGUCUGAAACCUCCAGAUCCAGAAGCACUAACUGUCCGAAGCAAAGUCGUUCUAGUCGACGAUACGCCGGGAUUCGACCCUGGAAGCCCCAGAACAGAUCCUUUCGGCGUAAACAAGCCUUUACACAACACAGAAGUCAUUCAACUCAGUCGGAGAGGCAUCUCGACCGAUGCUACCGCCGAAGAUCCCUUGGACAAGGAGGUAUACCUCAAGAUCCACGCAAAAGCUGAAAGGCACGAAAAGCAAAUGAAGAACGGUGAUCGAGAGAGAGCUCAGCAUGAAAAAUAUCAACUUGAUAAGCUGCUGGAUGAUCUUCGUGGACCAGAUUGGCUUAAAACUCUGGGAAUCUCCGGCAUCACCGAGACUGAGAAGAAACGGUACGAGCCUAAACGAUUGCUGUUCAUUCGCGAGACCCAAGCAUUGAUCGACAAGUUCAAACGUUGGAAGGAGGAGGAGAAACGCAGGAAGAUAGAAAAGGAGCAAGCAUUGCUCGAGGAGGCGAUGGAAGACGAUGAAGACGAAGAGGAAGACGAAGAGGAAGAGGAGGGGAGUUUGGAAGAGGAGGGGAGUUUGGAAGAGGAGGGGAGUUUGGAAGAGGAGGGGAGUUUGGAAGAGGAGGGGAGUUUGGAAGAGGAGGGGAGUUUGGAAGAGUCGUCUUCAGCGACAGAUGAUGAAAGCAUAGAGACUGCAUCGACACACGCAGCUAACUCUAGUGAAAUCGAUGCUCUUGCAUCUCAACAACUCAUUGAUGAAGCGCAGAACGCAAAUAAACGCAAAAAGCUCCCACCCGUGUCGGUGCCAGAGUUACCCACGCCACCGAAACCUUUCGUAUCAUUCUUCGACAAGCGACAUCUGCGCGAUGCGGCACUUUCGGGACGGCAACGAGGACGUAACAUACUGGCCUUCGGUCACACCGUGCCAGAGUUUGAGGACACAGACUUCAAACUACCCAAUGAUAUUCUUACGGAAGAAGCCAUCAAAACUAGUCAGAGAUCACGGCGUCGUAUGCGACGUGGGGUCGACGAAUGA